AUGACGCGUCCAAAGAAGAAGAAUCUUCAAAAAUCGGUGCCAACCAACCCAGGCCGUAUCAUGCUUCUCGAGGAGGUGUCAAAAUUUUCGUUGUGCGAGAAGUUUGCAACUUCCAUGUGCUCUUAUAUUGGGAAACAACUUGUCACCGAGGUCUGUGGUGGCAUUGAUCUUCGUCUCAAAAUUCAACUUCUCUCUAAUCAGUUCUGCAGCUUGGUUCUUCAUCGUGUGAACUCUGACGAGAAAUUCAGUUUGUUACUGAUGGCGCAUAGAAAACUUCCAGAGAACAAAUUUUUUCUUAAUUCUUCAAAAAUCAACGGAAUCCAUGCAAUUUACCAGAUCUCAGUAGACGGAAGUAAUGGAAAAAUCAGCGCCUAUCUGAAAGAUGAGGAAGAUCUCAAAAAUGCCAUGAAGUACAUGAUCUCUCAUAUGACACGUGUAUUCACUAAGAACGUCUGCAUUGACAUCUCGAACGUCAGCAAUAACUUCGAGAAAAAAGUGAUGAAGAUGGUUCGCUCAAAGAAACUCGACGUCCAUUGCUACGGGAAUUACCAAGAGAAGCAGGUAGCAUUCACAAAGAUUCAAGAGUUCAGCGCGUAUCCGAGAGUGGUGAUCAAGAAUCCAAUUAUCUCCAGUGAUCAGCUGAAGUCAUUCUUCGAUGAGUGGAAAAUCGGAGUCAUCAACAGGGAGUACGUUCGCUUUGAAAACAUGGAUGACGUUGACUUGGAUAGCAUGUUGGUGGGGCUUGAAGUCUUCAAUCCAUUGAAGGUCAUGUUCGUCGAGCAAGCCAUGGUUAAGCGAGAGAGCGGUGAAAUGGCUCUGGUCGAGUACAACAAAAUCUCGAAGGAAGUCAGGCUGAUGGGGUAUCCGAUCACUGUGCCACUUGGUUGUGUCGGAGACUUUGGAGUUUGA